AGUCGACUUACGUAUCCCUAUUGUCGAAUGGAAGAAGAAGAGUGACGAACUGAGCAAUAGGACGGAAAUUUUUUGUGCAAUUAUUUACAUUAAUUAUUUCAACAAUAUUUAAUACAAAAUCUCCUCCCAUUGGAAGGAUACGAAUAAAAAUUUGGCGACAAAAGCGAAAAAAGUAAUUAACGGCAUAACAAAAGCAACACAAAAAUAUACAAUAAUAAGUAUUUGGAGAAAAAAAGAAGAUUGAAAGAAAAUCAAUUAGUGUGUGACAUAUAUUUUGCAAAAAGAAAAAGCGACAUAUAGUCUUUUGCAUACACAACCGUUCAACCCCAUCCAUUGCUUUUAAUUGAAUUGAAUUAAAUUCGUUAUUGGAAUAUUGUUUGUGGAAGCGGAAGAGGAAGAAACAACAACAUUUAAACAUGGUCUUGAAAGUUUACAUCAGUGGAAUGUCUGGCAACAAGGAGGUCAAGAAACGCCAGCAACGUGUUCUCAUGAUUUUGGAGAGUAAAAAUAUUGCCUAUGAAGUAAUCGAUAUCACCGAACCUGGUCGUGAGACGGACAAAGAAUUCAUGCAAAACAAAUCGACUAGCAAUGGUGCCACAGUUAGUGAUCCCGAACCCAGACAUCCUCUGCCACCACAAAUUUUCAAUGAUGAAGAAUACUGUGGUGAUUACGAUGCCUUCGAUAUGGCCAAUGAAAUUGAUACAUUGGAACAGUUCCUGAAGGUGGCACCUCCGGUCGAAGCAACACCAGCAGCGCAGCCAGAAAACGGUGAGACCAAAACCACCAAUGGUGAUGCUGUGGACGCUGGGGAAAAUAAAGAGAAUGAAGGUGGCGAAAGUGCCGAAGAAAAAACUGCCAAGAAUGCCGAAGAGGGCGAAAAUGCCGAGAAUGCCGAUAAAUCGGAGAACAAAGAAAACGGCGAAGAGCAACCAGAUGGUGAAACUAAGAAGGACAACGAGGAGGAUACUGCAAAGGAUUCCGAGGACGGGGAUAAAAAGGAUGAAAAAGAGGAGGAUAAAACCGAUGCAGUAGAGGAGAAGGAAAAACAGGAAACAGUCGAUGAUGGCGAAGAAACAACGGCAAAGAAAGACCAGGACACGGAGGAGAAUGAGAAGUCGGAAGAUGGUCAGGAAAAAGAAAAGAAGGAUGAAACGGAAACGAAAGAAGAUGAUGAAAAGAAGGAUGAUACGGAGUCGGACAAAAAUAAAGAUAACGAAGACAAAGCCACAACGGAUGAUAAGGAAACAACUGAAGAAAGUGAUACCAAAGAAUCUAAUGAUAAGACAGAUGAUGCUGGCAAGGACGAAGAGACCAAAGAUCAAACCGAUGGGCAAGUGGCUGAAACGGAAAAUAAGGAAGAAAAACAAGAGGAAACGGAAGGAGAAGAAGAAGAGGAAGAGGAUAAUGAAGAGAAGGAAGCAAAGGAAAAGGAAGAAGAAGAAGAAAAGAAUGAUGAAAAUAAACAAGAUGAAGUAGAAGAUAAGAAAGAAGAUGAAGAAAAGAAUGAUGAAAACAAACAAGAUGAAGCGGAAGAAAAGAAAGAGGAGGAUGUAAAGGAUGAAGCAGAAGAAAAGAAAGAAGAUGAAGAAAAUAAUGAUGAAAACAAACAAGAUGAAGUAGAAGAAAAGAAGGAAGAGGAAGUUAAGGAGGUUGUUGAUAGUGAAACCAAAGAAGAGGCUGAAGCUGCAGAAAAUGAGAAAAAUAAGGAUGACGAAUCAAAUGAAAAUGAUGAAAAGUCCAAUGAAACGGAUAACAAAAAUGAUGAAACCGAUAAAGUAGAUAGCUCAACGGAAGCAGCAGCGGAAACAAAAUCCAAAGAUGAAGAGUCUUCAGAGGAAGGGGAGGAUGAAGAAGAUAAAGAAAAAUAAUACGACUAGUAGCAAGAACAUAAAACAUGAUGACGCUUAUAAGCCAAAGAUAUGAUUCAUGACUGAUUUCAUAUGAAACUGCUGCCACCCCCUCUUUCUUUCUCGUGCCUUUUAAUCUUUAUUUAUUCUCAUUUUGCAAAUUUAACUAUAAUUUUCUAUAUUUCUUCACACAGAAUAUCUAAUUAAUUUCUGCACCGGGCCCAGAGGAGAAUAUUUUUUAUACACCACCCUACACACACACACCUGCACAUGCAUAAUAAUGUUUUUUUUUUAUUACUUAUUUAUAAUAAUUAAUUUUCCCCCACCUUUUUUUAAACCGAAAAUAUCCUUGUAAAUAUGUGUAUGCAAUAAAAAACUGAAAAUUAUUUAAAUAUUAUUAAAACAA